AUGGGAUCAACGGCAUCGAAAGCAAAAUCAACGACAAUCUCCCCAUUGGUAUCAACAAAGCGCGCCUCAAAGCGAAUUCUUAAGCGUAAUUCAGCAAUUUAUCCAACAUCGCCAGCCCAAAAUAUAGAGAAUAAUAGUGAGAAUGUAGAAAAUAAUAAUAAUAUUAAUAGCAGUAGUAACCACAAUAGUAUAAGCAUGCCUCCGAAUACCCCACAAGAUGAUGAAACAGUUGUGAUAAGAAAUAAGAUCAAUGCAUCAAAUGGCGAUGUGUCAUCGACUCCAACGACACCAAAGAAUGCAAAGAAGGAGAAGAAGAAGAAGAAGGGAGACACAGAGGAUGAAUUGGCACCGACAUAUCAUAAGACAAAUGUUUGUUAUUAUAAAGUUGAGAAUGGAACGUUCCUUAAAUUGCCAAGUGAUACGAAACAUAAAAGCAACGAUGGCUGUUACGUAAAAUGCUCGAAUGGUAGCUUCCGACAUCUUAUGGUGCCCGAUGGUGCUGGAAGUCGACCAGAAGUUAAUUUUAAACCAGAUCCAAUUCCACCAACUAAAAUAAGACAAUCAAUGCCAGCACCAAAGGCUGUUGUGGUUCCUGAGGAAAAGGAAAAAAAUAGAAAAGUUAUGGUGACCAUGAUCGAUGGUGGAUUACCUGUUGUGGCAGUUAGUAAGAGGGAUAAGACUUCGAUAUUACAGAAAAAGGACAAAGAGAAAGCGAAGCUGAAGUUUACAUUCGACACUAAGUUGAGGUUUACAUUAGAUGCUCAGCUGAAGUUUACAUUCGAAUCUGAAUUGAGAUUUACAUUCGACACUCAGUUGAGGUUUACAUUAGAUGCUCAGCUGAAGUUCACAUUCGACUCUGAAUUAAGAUUUACAUUCGACACUCAGUUGAGGUUUACAUUAGAUGCUCAGCUGAAGUUAACAUUCGACUCUGAAUUAAGGUUUACAUUAGAUCUUCAGCUGAAGUUUAUAUUUGAUACUCAGUUAAAGUUUACAUUUGAUGCUCAGCUGAAGUUUACAUUGGACCCUCAGUUGAAAUUUACAUUUGAUGCUCAGCUGAAGUUUACAUUCGACUCUGAAUUAAGAUUUAUAUUUGAUGCUCAGCUGAGGUUUACAUUCGACACUUAG